AUGUGCCACACCAGCUGUUCCACAGGCUGCCAGCCGGCCUGCUGUGUGUCCAGCCCCUGCCAGUCAUCCUGCUGUGUAUCCAAUCCCUGCCAGUCAUCCUGCUGCGUGCCCUGUCAGUCAUCCUGCUGUGUGUCCAGUCCCUGCCAGCCAUCCUGCUGUGUGUCCAGUCCCUGCCAGUCAUCCUGCUGUGUGCCUGUGAGCUGCAGACCUGCCAUGUGCAUUCCUGUGAGAUUGCAGGUGGCCUGCUGCUCCCCUGUGAGCUGUAGACCUAGUGUGUGUGUGUCUCCUUCCUGCCAGUCCUCCGUGUGUGUUCCUGUGAGCUGCAGGCCUGCUGUGUGUGUGGUCCCCAGCUGCCAGUCCUCUGGGUGCUGCCAGCCAUCCUGCCCCACUCUGGUCUGCAGACCUGUGUCCUGCAGCAUCUCCGCCUGCUGCUGA